AUGACGAAAACACACACUAUCGACUUCGAUUCUUUCUUUAACAUUAUAAAUGGGAAGAAACAGAGCUCCGCUACCGCCACGCACGCUAUCGAUUCCUCCAGCGAAGGCCAACUGUGGGAAGUUCCAGUAGCCACUAAUGAAGAUAUCGAAAGUGCUGUUACUGCCGCAAAUGAUGCCUUUCCUUCAUGGUCACGAACGCCAGUGGAGACGCGGAAAGAACUGAUAGCGAAGUUCAGGGAUUCCUACAUCUUUUAUCUCGAGCAGUUUAUCAAACUUCUCAUGACGGAGACCGGAAAGCCGCACGCAUUGGCUAAAGGGGAGGUGCUGGAGAUCCUCGCGCUUUUCGAUCAUCACCUUCAGCUCCAGCUUCCCGAGGAAAUUCUAGAAGACGAGGAGCGAACAAUCACCACUCGGUACGUCCCUGUGGGUGUGGUUGCAGCGAUCUGUCCAUGGAACUUUCCUAUGGUCCUGUCUGUUGGGAAAGUCCUGCCAGCUCUGCUAUCAGGAUGCUGCAUCAUUGUUAAGCCGUCCCCGUUUACGCCAUACACGGCCCUGAAAAUCAUUGAAUUGGCCCAGUACAUCUUUCCCCCCGGAGUUAUUCAAGCCCUUGGCGGCAGUGAUUCUCUAGGCCCUGCAUUGGUGAGCCAUCCUAGGAUCCAUAAAAUCGCAUUCACAGGCUCCAUUGCCACUGGAAAGAAGAUUAUGGCCUUAGCUGCGGGAAACUUGAAACGAGUGACACUGGAACUAGGCGGUAAUGACCCGGCAAUCGUUCUCCCGGACGUUGAUAUUGCAAAAGUCGCUCCAGAAGUGGCCGCCGGUUGUUUUGCCUUCUCCGGCCAAAUCUGUGUCGCAACAAAGAGAGUCUAUGUCCACGAGGCUAUCUACGAACCCUUCCUCAAGGCGAUGGUGGAGGCAACUAGCAAAAUGAAGGUGGGCAAACCAUUCGACAGCGAUAGUGUACUUGGGCCACUUCAGAACAAGAUGCAAUAUGACCGUGUUCGGGGUUUCGUAGACGAAAGCAAAACCCAGGGACAUCGAUUCGCACUCGGUCCGGACUCUGCGACGACGGGUAGUGGAUAUUUUAUACAUCCCAGUAUUAUUGACAAUCCUCCCGAGGACUCGAAGAUCGUGGUUGAAGAACAAUUCGGCCCGAUUGUGCCCCUCCUGAAAUGGAAUGAUGAAGCCGACGUGAUUGCGCGUGCGAAUAACUCGAACACUGGUCUUGGCGCUUCUGUUUGGGGUUCUGAUAGAGCUCAUGCAGAGGAUAUUGGCCGUCAGAUCGAGGCUGGAAAUGUUUUCAUCAACUCAUCUGCGAAGACGACCUCCCGUGCGCUGUUUUCUGGUCAGAAAGAGAGUGGGAUCGGUGGCGAAUGGGGCUCGACUGGUAUUCUGCAUUAUUGCAAUGCACAAGUCAUGCAUGUGUUCAAAUAA